UUGACGGGUGAUGACGUAUACAGGAAAUACAAAACAGGCUUCAAUAAGUGAUCCACAUUUUUAGCCUUCAUUUCUCCCACCUGAGCUUAUUUUAGUCCUCUGAAUCAUGCACACGUGGAGUCUCGUGUCGAUCUGCGUGUUGCUCGGAGUUGUCACGAGAUGGGGCGUUUCGUUGAAUUCAUAUUCAGGGGCGGGGAAACCUCCCAUGUUUGGCGACUACGAAGCUCAAAGGCAUUGGCAAGAAGUGACCUACAACCUCCCUCCGCAGGAAUGGUAUUUCAACACCACUGACAAUGACCUGUUGUACUGGGGUCUGGACUAUCCUCCUCUGACGGCCUACCACAGCCUGAUCUGUGCUUACGUAGCCAAGAUGAUUAACCCUGAAUGGGUGGAGCUGCACACAUCCAGAGGUUAUGAAAGUCCAGCACACAAGUUGUUCAUGAGGGCUACAGUUCUGGUGGCUGAUUUGUUGAUUUUCUUCCCGGCUGUGGUUGUUUACUGUUUUUACCUGACUGACGGAUCCUCUAAAAGAAAGGUUUCCACUGUGCUCCUCUUCCUUCUUUACCCGGGGCUUAUCCUCAUUGACUACGGCCAUUUCCAGUACAACGCAGUGAGUCUGGGGUUUGCCCUGUGGGGCGUUCUGGCUCUGGGUCUGGGCUGGGAUGCAUUUGGCUCCAUGGCCUUCUGUCUGGCUCUCAACUACAAACAGAUGGAGCUGUACCACGCUCUGCCCUUCUUCUGCUACCUGCUCGGAAAGAGUGUCAAACUGGGCCUGACGGGCCGAGGGUUCUUCACGCUGGCGAGAAUCGCUUCGUCAGUGUUGGUGACCUUUGCCCUCUGCUGGCUGCCCUUCCUGUCCGACCCCGGUCAGGCCUCGCAGGUGGUCAGGAGGAUCUUUCCCGUGGCUCGCGGUCUCUAUGAGGAUAAGGUGGCCAACACAUGGUGCAGCUUGAACAUCCUGAUAAAGAUCAGAUCCAUUUUGUCCAGUGACACUCAGAUCUGCCUCAGUGCUGCCUGCACACUCCUUGCAGUCCUACCGUCCUGUGUCAGACUUCUGACAAAGCCAACCUUCUGGCAGUUUAAACUGGCCUUGGUCAAUUCAUCUCUGGCCUUUUUCCUCUUCUCCUAUCAAGUCCACGAGAAGUCCAUCCUCUUGGUUGCCUUGCCUGCCCUCCUCCUGCUGAACGACCUCCCCUUGAUGGUGAUUUGGCUCCUGCUGGCCUCGACUUUCAGCAUGCUGCCUCUGUUACUAAAGGACGGCCUGCUGCUGCCCUAUGUGGUGACAUCACUGGCCUUCCUCUUCUUCAGCAUCUAUCUACUGUCUGCACUGGAGCACUGUUCAGAGGAAGAACUGAGACUGGGAGCCUACCACAAGCUGCUGUUCUUCCUACCCAGACUGGACCUGGCUGGUAUUGUAAGAUGGAAGUUCUACAUCAGCAUAGCAGUCAUGGUCGGCCUGAGCUUCGUGACUGUAGCGAUGGUUCCUCCGCCACAUCUACCCGACCUGUUUCCUGUGCUGGUCUCUGUUACCUCAUUCUCACACUUCUUUGGGACAUUUUUAUAUUUCAACAUCGUCCAGUUCAGUGAGCCGCCCAGCAGAAAGACCCAGAAGAAGACCAAUUAAAAUGGAGCCAAAGUUAGCGAUACUGGCUGGAAACUUUUUCACCACGGGGAAUGUCUGAAGGUUGUCACUUCCAUCUGGAUCACCACAGGCUGCAAUGAUGAGUCCACAUGUCAGGAAAAAUGUUAAGCAACUAAAUUACUUGUUAAAGAAUAUUUUCAAGCAAAAAAAACACACCAACUUGAUGGUACCAGGUUCUUAAAUAUGGGCGUUCUCUGCUUUAUCUCUCCCUGCAUUACAUCAGGUCAAUAGGGACGUUGAACUAGACAAAAAAAAAUUCUGAGAUUUGAUACAAUUACAGUUUUCUCUCCUUUUGUUGCUUAAAUAGCUGUAAAUGGAAACAUUUAGAGCAACUCAGAGGAUGUGGCAUCAAAUGAAAGGAAAGAAUGGUAGUAAUUCUCUAGUUUGGACCAAAUUGAUUUUUGAAAUCACUCAUCUGUUACUAAAAUUCAAUUAAGAGCUCUAAAUGUACCACCGUCUCAUAACCACAUGACUUCCUUCAUGUCAAACAUUCCUCUUUACUGCAAUUAUAGUUUUGCUGGUCCCAAUGAUUCUCCACUCACACUUCAAACUACACCGACUCUGACAUAUUUCACAGGGACAAAUCAGCAGAGUGCUGCCUUCUCAUUUGACUUUAGACACAGUCCUCUCUGUGCCUGUAAGCUCAGGCGCCAGGUGGUGCCAACAAUAAAAAGAUCACCUGCUGUAAUGUUCAGUUAAUGUUAAGAGCACGGGGACAUGAGUAGAUGAAACGUUUUGUUAACUUUGAAAGUCAUAGUUUGAAGGUGGUGCUGGAGUCAAAGAAACUGUAAGGUGUUCCUGUUAUUUUGUCUGUCCUCUGUACCUCUUUCAGGGUUUUUUAAUUAAACGCCUCCCUGAUGGGACUGGACCCAGGUCCAGCAGCAACGGUUUAUCAUCAUCUAUCCAUGUGAACUUUUUGUAAGGUUUUCUAAGGUAUCUUUUUUUUAUCCAUUGUUGAAGUAAUUUUGUACAAACUUGUGAAAAUAAAUAAAAAAUCCCAAUGACCUAAA